AUGUCUUCCAAUACAACAUCACGAAAGCCAUGCUAUUUUAUUUCUCAUGGUGGACCACCGGUAUUACUCACUAAGGAAAGUAACGAUCAUAAAUUUUUUCAGCAAUGGGGAAAUAAAAUUUUGAAUGAGGACAAACCAAAAGCCAUUGUCAUUAUUUCUGCUCAUUGGGAAACUGUAGGAGGAAUUAAAGUCGGAAAAUUCAAAGGUGUAACGCCGAUUAUUUAUGAUUUCGGUGGAUUUUCUGAAGAACUAUACAGACAAGAAUAUCAUGGAAAAGGAUCACCCGAAUUAGCAGACAAGAUCGCCAAUUUGCUAAAACAG